AUAAACUAAAGUUAGCAACACUGUUAACUUUAUUCAUCCCCCUCUUUUGCCCCCUUUUUCUAUUUCUUGUUUGCUAUUUUAUACAUACAAUUUGUAUGUUGCUCUUUUUUUUGUGUGAUUAAUGACAAUUUUUAAUAGGUAAAAAGAACGCAAACAUUAGCUCUCUAAGGUGAAAAAAACCCAAAAUUAAAAUGAGCGAAAAAGAGGAAAAUAAAGUAAAUGAAAAGGAAUCGGCAGAAGCAACAACUACUACGUCGACAUCAUCAUCAUCAUCUUCGGUGUCAACAACAAUAACAACACCUGCUGCCAGCAGCACAACAACAAAUCCAACAGAUGUGGCCAAUAACAAAGAUGCAGCUCAGCCUCGAGAGAUUUCCACCAAGGAGGCUUAUUUUGCUAGUCUAAAUGAAUGGGUUAAACAUGCCAACAUUUCACAAAACGCCAUGGCUAUGUUUCCCUGGUAUUUUAUGACCUCCUAUCCCCAACUGUUCACACAACCGGCUCCCGGCAGUUUUAUGCCUGGCUUACAAAUGCCCACAGCAAACGUUCAAAACAACAUUCCACCACCACCAGUGAAUAACAAUAAUCUAAAUGCCAACUUUAAUCCGGGCGCUGCUGGUGUGGGUGUAUUUAAUGGUUUCGGUCUGAGGCUUAUUAACGAUCAGGCUCAGGCUGAAAUUAUAAAUCGUAAUGGUGGCUAUGAAUAUGUGGUGGCUCCAUUUUGGAAAAGAGCUGUGGCCGAAGUUAUAGAUAUGAUUAUAAUGUUGUUCUUGAAAAUUGUGGUCAUCUUUGUGGUGACCAAUGUUUUUGGCUAUAAUCUCAUGAUGGACAUGGAUAAAGAUGUCUUAAAUAAGGCCAUGGAUAAUGAAGAUUUUGCUGGUGCCCUUUUAUACUCUAUGGACUUUUUAGCUUUUUCCUCGGAUCUAUUAGCCUUUGAAAUUGCCACUAAACUAUUUGUUUGUCUCUAUGAGGCCGUCCUCACAACCUUCUUCAAUGGGGCCUCGGUGGGUAAACAUAUUAUGAGUUUGAGCAUUAAAUAUGUAGAGGCCAUGUUGCCAUUACCCAACAAUGGCUUACCCGCCCAACCCAUACCUCAAAUACAAUUGGGCUUCCAGGCGGCUCGUGUUCAAAUGCGUGCCCUGCUAUUCCCUGCCGAAACGCCAAAUUUUAAAAGAGCCUUCGUGCGUGCCGUUGCCAAAAAUGUCAUCUUAAGUCUAUUGUUUCCAAUGUUUUUCCUAAUGGUUUUCUUUAAAAAUAAUCGUACCGCCUAUGAUAUCAUGACAAAAACUAUUGUUGUAGAGACCUCUAGUCAACCGUUGGUCUUAAGAAGACAUCCGCAACAACAGCAGCAGCAGUAACAUUUAAAACUAUUUUGGAGUUAAGAUUUGUUAAUUGUUAUGGUAAAACAAAGGAUAAUAUUUUUAUCUUUUAUUUUUUAGUUCACUUGCCAUAAACAUUGUUUUUUUUUCAAUUUAAACUUUUAACAAAAAGAAAAUGAAAUUUUUAAUUGCAUGAACUAAAGAAGUGAGGGUUUUUGAAUAUAAUUUAUCCGAAAAAAGUGUAUGUAUAAUAAUUUAGUGAAAAAUAUAUAAAUAAAUGUAAAAUUAUAAAAAAACAUA